CACUUAAUAAUUUGCACAAACAUAAAGUGAAUCAUGUUCUCUUAUGUGCAGACACGAUGGAACAGCAGCCUCUAUAUGCUGCAGAGCCUACUGCAACAAAAACGUGCUCUUAGUGUCUUUGCAGCUGAGCGCACUCUACCAGCAACACUGACAGCUCACCAAUGGGAGCUGAUGAAAAAGACUGCUGAUGUGCUAUCCCCAUUUGAAGAGCUGACUAGGGAUGUGAGCAGGGAGACUGCAACUGCAGCUGAUGUAAUCCCUGCCAUAACAGUCCUCAGACGUGUUCUGUCUCGGGAGGAUGAUGAUGACCAGGGAAUAAAAACAAUGAAGAGGACUCUGCUGGAGGCAGUGGAGAAGCGCUUUGCUGAUGUUGAAACUGAGCCACUCUUUUACAUCGCCACUCUUCUAGAUCCCAGAUACAAAGAUGGGCAAGUAUAGUAAAAAUAAAAUGCACCUUUUGUACAUCAUGUUUAUAUUUAUUUCCUUUUUAAUAAAGUUUUGUGUAAUGA